CUUUAACCUCACAUACAAUAGAUUUACAAUCCAAAUAUGUAAAAAGACAGAUACUGUAAUCGUUUGUGAUGCCAUUUGAGAAGAGUAUUAGCUUCAACUUCAAUUAGUGAUAACCAGAAGAUAGUGUUAGUUUUCUUGACACACAUUUUUUCAUGUAGGAAUGAUUUAUCACAAUAAAUCUCUCAGAACGGGAAGAAAAACUCAAUAAUGGACAACGACCAUGGUCAUGAAUGAGGCUUCCUCAAUUGACAUAGGAAAAGUUAGUGAAACAACACGAACAAGAAAAUUACCCAACAAUCUCACAUCAUACCUCCAUAUGUCUCCAUAUUAGACACAAAAUGGGUAAUAAAACAACACAUCAUGAAUCUUCCAGACAUUCCAAAAUUGUGUGGAGGAGAGAAGCGUUUAAUCUAGAGAGAGCAUGUCAUCACUCACAUUAGUGUUUAACAAAGAGAGAUUUAUUGUGAUUAGUUCGUUUACUACAAAGAAAAAAGUCGUUAAACCAAAUCGAAAUGUAAUUAACAAAAGUUUGAGGAGAGGUUUGUUUUCACCACCUUGUUAUGGGCCUUGGCAUCAUCUUUUGAACUUUCUUAACGGGCUAUUGCCCAACUCAUCUUGGGCUUAAUUUUGUUAUUGCAGUUCUUGGGCUUAAUUAUGAUUACUUUACUAGUGACCUCACUGUGAAAAAAGGAGUCUGUCAGAAAACUGAAAAGGAAAGGAAAAACGAAACGCUCAUUUCACGUUUUUCGUCGAGCAAAUCCCGACGAGCACUCUCUGCCGUGGCGGUGGCUCCAUCCUCGCCGCGUCCAACCGCCGCAUCAAUUGGCUCAAUCUGAAUCUCACCUCGAAGUCUCCCCAAUGCUGUGCUCAGUCCCCGCCGGAAAGCCCAGUUCAAAUUGGCUGGACCGACUCCGGUCCACCAAAGGCUUCCCCAUCGCCGGCGACGUCGGCCUAGACGACUUCCUUCUCACCAACCCUAACGCCGACGACGAAACUUCCGAUUCCCCCACAUCCGAUGAUGCUGCCGCCUCCAAUUCCCUCGUCAAUUCCAACUCCGUCGUCGAGCAAGCCCCCGAGAUUUCCGGCCGAGAUGUCGAAGGGGAGUACUGGUUCGGCGUGAUGACCAAUGCCCUCUCCGAUCUCUUCUACAUGGGCCGAACCACCGGAAUCUCGAGGAAGAAGAGCGCCAGGAAGCAGACGAACCCUAAGUUCUGCGCCCUUCCUGAAGAGAAGGCAGCGGGCGCGACUACGGUAACGGCUUCGCUCAAUUCAAACCGCAAUUCGAACAUUGUACGGCCUCGGCGCGGCGGGGAUGACGUGGAUGAGGGAGAUGAGGAGAAGGAGAAGGACGAGUGCCGCCGUGGCGGCGACGGUGAGGGGUGUGGAGGCGAUAGAGAGCUGAAAGGGUACUCGCGGAGUGAAGUGACGGUGAUUGAUACCAGCUACGAGGUGUGGAAGUUUGACAAGCUGGUGUUCAGGAAGAAGAACGUUUGGAAAGUGAGGGACAAGAAGGGGAAAUCGUGGAUGUCUGCUGCUGCUGCGGCGGCGGCGAAGAAGAAGAGGAAGAAGGGGAGUGGUGGGCUGGACUCUGAGUAUGAUCAUGGGAGUGUAUCCGGUGGAGCUAAGAAGAAAGCUAAGGUCUUGAAUUUCUGCUCCACUGUGGUUGCCAAUGGCGGAAACUGUGUGCCGCCUUCUGAUGAUGGUCAGAAGCUGCAGGAUGAAACAAUGGAAGAAGUUCCCAGAGAAGUAGGAGAUGAGCUUAGCCAAGUUCCUAGAAUCAACAGGGUCCAUGGUUCCAGAUCCCCCAGAAUAUCAGAAAAAGGCAACUCAUCAGUUGUUCUUAUCAAAGCUAUGCCCAGCAGCAAGAAGAGUGGGGAAAAUGUCCCCAAGAAUCAACUCAAGGAACGUCAAAGACCACAGAAGGCUUGACGGAUUUCGUCUGUUUCCCCUAACCUUUUUCGGAUCCAUGCGCUCAGUUGAUGCAAUUCGCAGAGAAGACGGGCUUAUCUCCAUGAAAGCAUACAUUUCAACUGCUCGACAACCCGGGAUUUCCUGAUUCAUGCAGUGGAUCACGCAUCCCAUAUUUUCGAUUCGGGGGAAACUAAUUCGAAACUGUUUUUAUUAUGCCCGGAUCAAGCUGAGGUAUGAGUUCAAGAGGUAUACUCUGGGCGAAGGAUUAUCAGAUCAAUAAACUGCUAACUAAAGAAAGUCAAAUCAUGACAUUGUUGUUGUGUAUCAGAACCAUUGGCUAUCAAUGUUCAUUUUCUUAUGUAAUCUCGUGUUUACUCACUAGGAAAGAAUUACAGAUGCUGCUUGGAAAUGCUAUGACAUGAACAGUUGAGGUGUCCUUAAAUGUUCAUCCCAAAAUUACUCGUGUUGUUUCUAGCACACUUUCAAAUUUGAUGGCUCGGAUGAACAAAUGUACGGCACCGGC